UGCUGGUAGCUAGCGCUAACACAGCUUCCUCAAAACAGAAAAUGGCCGGUCAAGAAGAUCCUGUGCAGAGGGAGAUUCACCAAGACUGGGCAAAUCGAGAAUACAUUGAGGUUAUCACGAGCAGUAUCAAGAAAAUAGCAGAUUUUCUAAAUUCCUUCGAUAUGUCCUGCCGGUCUCGUUUGGCCACCCUGAACGAAAAGCUGACAGCGUUAGAGCGGAGAAUUGAGUACAUUGAAGCAAGGGUCACAAAAGGAGAGACAUUGACCUAAACCAAGAUGGUAUGCUGGACUGGGUGUUGUAGUUUGGCUGAGGGUUGAAAACUACAUUUGUGACCAUUUCCAUGUUUGUCCUUUUUUUUAACUAGCUAUGUAUUUUUACAAUUUUGUAUUUGGUCUGUGGGACCACAAAAGACACAUCACACUGUGUGUAUUUGGCUGCUGGAGGGUGACUAAUAGACUCUUUAAUGCUAUCUUAAACUUUGCACACUAGCUCUGCAUCGCAUUUAUUUGAUCACGGACUAACAUAAUGUAUUUGUGCAAAUCAAAACUAGUUAAGGACAUCCUAAUAGGGGAAAGUUUAUUUUAUAAGGUUAAUUCAAAAGUGAUUAUGUGAAGGAGUGUACCCAUCCCUAUGGAGAUUUUAAAGAAUAUGCAUUGCAGAAAUAUCCUUCCGCUUUGGCUGAGCCAGGAUAAUUUGAGCCACAGGAAGAGGGAGUGCCAAAAUGAGUCGUCAGCUCUUUUAACUGUGGUCAUUCUACUUAUGUCUUUCACUUGUUGUUAUUGUGUUUUCCCUCAUUGUUCAAACAAAUUGUAAUAAACUGUUUAAAAGUAA